AUGACACAUCUUUAUAAUGAUGAUAUUCCUGUGAGCGAUCUUGUGGAUUUGCUCCACCUUCUGCCAUUAAAAAUCCAGAAGAAUAUCUUUAAAUACUUCUUUACAUUUUCGUAUUGCAGGGAUACAAGAUUAUAUAAGAUUUUUGAUGGCCUUCAUGGUAAAGAUUCGUUCAAAUCUUUAUUAAGAAAAUAUGUCAAGGUAGUGACAAUUUACAUCUCUGACUCUGGAUAUGUGUCCUCAAAUUUGGAUUCAAAUAUCUUAUCGCAUUACUCCAAUUUGUUCGACCGUUAUCCAAGCUUAACAACACUGGUUAUAAAGCCGCAUAGUGACAUGGUUUUGUCUGAUAUUGUUGCUGUACAUCCAUCAUUGGUGUAUUUCAUUGCGACAAAAGUUCAGCAUAUUGAGAUCUUCGAUCUCGAUGUUGUCGAAUUGUACGGUAAACGAAUAUUUGGUCCAAAAAUAGUAAAAGUGGCAUACAGAUAUCGUAAGGAUUUACUUUUUCUUAACGAAUUGGUGGCAAUGAACAAUUUAAAAGUACUAAAUAUUGUUAUUGAUGAUCCUGCGGUCACUAGUUUGAAGACAUUCUCAAAAUGGUUGUUCAACAUCCAGCGUUAUAACCCGAAAGUGGAAAAGCUUAUUCUAUCUAUUUCACCUGAUGUUAAGCAGAGGCUUACUUGUGGUCAUGAUAUUUUUGCCUCAUUUAUAAGCAUAUACUCUAAGUAUAGGCAGCUUUCAAAUGAUGGGCAGUCUUCUUUGAUGGUUGAAUUACAAUACAUGUACUUAACUUCGAUGGAAGACUCCUUAUGUGAUAUCAUCAACGAAUGCAAAUGUCACACUCUCGAUUUAGCAUUUGGUGUAAACCCACGAAACAUUCUCACAGAUCUACAACAAUUAAACCGAUUAUCUAAUUUGGUUUCUCUUCGAGUUUCUUCAUUGGUGAAUCAUAAGAUAGCCCAGAAGGUUGUUCUUCGAAAUGUAAAUUUGAGGUCUCUUGUCAUUAGGCAUUUAGGUUCUGCUAUUUCUUGUAACUUCUCAAAUUUGUCCGGACUUGAGUCUUUAAAAUUAGCACAUUGUACCUACGGAGAACCGCUUGUUUUUCCUGACAGUAUUAAGGCAUUGAAAUUGGCACACUCUGUCAUCGGUUUUGAUCUCAAAAGUAUUCCAUUAUCGUUAAGGAAACUCUCGUUGAGCAAUAUUUCAAGCACAUAUCCUAUGAUCAUUGAUUUUAAUUAUGCUAGCAAAUUAAAAGAGUUCACUGCUUCAUCGUGUGCAUCACUUAUUAUUCAAAGUUUGCCACCAUCUUUAAGAGUAUUGGCAAUUUCAUCCAUAAAGUGUCUUACUAUAAGGAACGAUCAUUUUCUGUCAGACUGCCAGCAGAUCAUGUCGUUGUUAUUGAAUAAUCUCUGUGAUUCAGCCAUUAAUCAAAUAAUAAAUUUAAAUAGAUGGCCAUGCAAUCUCAAAGUAUUAAGUCUUCAAUGUGUUAAUGCUCUGGAACUAUGUGACCUCCCUACUUCAUUAACCAAGUUGGAACUCGUAACAGUUCCAAGAUUUAGGAAACUAUAUGUAUAUAUUGGAUAUUCAAAAGAGCAGGUUGAAAAACAGUCGGAUGAACUUCAAGACUAUCAGGUGGAAUCAGGGCAUACCGAUUGUGCAGCAAUGUUCCUUUACAGCCUUCCUGAUUGUCUAUGUGAUAUAAGUUUAAGGCAUAUGAUAAGCGGUAGUAAGCCUAACGUCGAUGCAAUUGUGAAGAAUUCUUUUGAGGACCGAUCCUUCACAAUAUUCGAACAGGCGAAUGAGACAAUAUUUUUGCGUUCUACAAAAAAGAUCAAAAUUAAUAUUGAUUAA